UUCCAAACAUAGACGAAAAACGAAAAUAUCUUCAAGACCAAACAGGGGUUAAAUUUUGGCCAUACUCACAGUGUGAUUGGCUAAUUUGGCAAGGUAGAAGCUGUUUUUGUAGCCUCAGCUUCAUUGCAUUUUGGGAUGUGCGUGUGAGGAGGACCGAGAGUCUGGCCGGAGAUGCGGUCCAUACCACUAGGCGGCGUCGGGAUCACAAUUACGCCGACCUCCAACGCCGCGUCUUGUAAAUCUUCGCUGUUAUCGUCGUCGUCUUUCGCCUUCAACAACAAAGUUCGACUGGGUUCUUCCUCCACCUGUGCCGCCCACUUCUCUGAUGACCACUUUCUCACUUCGUCUUCCCCAUCCGCCAUUUUUCCAGUUGUGUAUAUGUUUACCUUGGCGGCUGUGGUCUCUAUUCAAGGGGUUUGUCAAGCUAGUCAAGUUGCGGAUUUGUUUCCAUCUAUAUCACCUGAGGUAGUUGUUCGAGAAGCUAGAUUGGAUGAUAGUUGGGAAGUGGUUGAAACACAUUGUAGCUCCUUCUUUCCUGAGUAUUCAUUCCCUCUUGACUUUGUAAUGAGGCUCGAUAGGCUUAUGGCAAUGGUAUUCGGAUUUUCUGUUCCACAUGGUUGCAAAAGGACUUGCUUGGUUGCUAUUAUUGGUAGCGCAGAAAAUACCAUCUACAUUGAGAGUGACGAUCUCAACUUUGGAGGUUUUGAUACAAAAUUCUCUCUAAAUAGGGGUCAUGUUGCUGGAAUUUUAACUGUGGACACUGUUGCUGACUUCCUACCUAGAAAAGGACCUUUGAGGCAGCGAAGGACGGGUAUAGCAUACAUUUCAAAUGUGGCAGUUAGACAGAAGUUUCGACGGUUGGGGAUAGCUAAAAGGCUCGUGGCGAAAGCAGAGGCGCAAGCCUGGAGCUGGGGGUGCCGUACUGUUGCUCUCCAUUGUGAUUUGAACAACCCAGGGGCUACUAAUUUGUAUAAGAGUCAGGGUUUUAAAUGUAUCAAAGUGCCAGAGGGUGCGAAUUGGCCCCAACCCAAGACUUCCCCAGAUAUCCAAUUCAACUUCAUGAUGAAGCUUGUAAAACCUCCAACUACCUCAUAAAUUGUGCAUACUCCACAGAUUAUAUACUACAAGUAGAUGCAACUUGUUGUAGAUGCACAUUCAUCUGUAAAUUCCAUAUUCAUCUAGUAAUUUAAUGCGAACCAGCAGUUGUUGUAGGAUCAAAUCUAGAACAUUACUGGUUUCAUCUUCA